CGCAUCGGUGAAGGUCUUGUGUCGCCCUCUCGCGGCGGUCCUCUCCUACGGUAUACGCGUGUGUGCGUACCUAGCGAACAGUUGUCACGCGAGUCUCCACGUUGUUUCCUCGCGACGAUCAUUCUUUGGCAACGAUGUUGUCGCGCGCACGUUGACUGGGACAGGCGAUCGUUCAGGCGCUUCCGCGGAUUUCGUCGACGCGGAGGACACAGUGAAUAGUCGUGCGCGCGUGUUUGCCGUGCGGACGUGUGCAGGUCGGGACGCGAUCGUUCCCCGGCGAAGAGCAUGGGUAGUGCGGGAGAUAGAUCGUCUUCGGUGUAAUCUGGCGUUGACGUGACCUAGCCUAACGUAACUUUUGUUUGGGACAUCGUUGAGCCCGCGCCUACCUCCUCCCACCACUCCCGUCCGCCGGCCGUUUUCGCUCUAACCGUUCUCGCGUUUGGUGCUUUCUCCUCCCACUUUUCUCGCUUUCUCUCUUCACUUCUCUUCUCUUCUCUUCUAUUCUGUCGCUCUUUCGCGUGUGUGCCCACUUUUCUGGAGUGUGUGCGACCGGCCCCCACAGCGAGAGCAACUUCACGCGUUUAUCCGGGUACUCGGCCAUCGUAACAUGCAGUGAAACGUACCACUCGUAAGCAGCACCGGAUAUCGGCGAGAACACUCACCACCUUGCGGCCAUCACGAUGCUAGGAACGUGCUUGAUGACCGAUGCGGUCAGGAUUGUCGACAGUUAGUGAUGAGGAGGAGCAAGUUGUCGGCGUGCCGAUGGCCCAGGUCACCAGUAACAUGCCGGUCCUCGUACACAGACCAGUGCCAGGCUCCCUUCGAGGACUUCUAAUCGGCGUUUUUCUUCUCUCGUCCCUGACACGGUGCCACUGCUAUGACUUAGGACAAUGUACCGCGCCGCUGGGUAUGGAGAAUGGCGAAAUCCCCGAUGAAGACAUAUCGGCCAGUUCUAUGUACGAUCCCAGUCUUGGUCCGAAACAUGCCAGGCUGAGGCAGGACAAGGGCGGCGGCGCAUGGUGUCCGAAAAACAUGGUGACCAAGGAGGGGAAGGAGUACCUCGAGGUGAACCUGAACAGUUCGCGGGUGCUGACGUCCACCAGGACCCAAGGCAGGUUCGGGAAUGGCCACGGCGUCGAGUACACCGAGGAGUACUUCGUCGAGUAUUGGCGGCCGGGGUUCAACAAGUGGGUGCGAUGGAGGAAUCGACGUGGCAUGGAGCUUCUGGCGGGCAACAAUAAUCCGUACACGGAGAAGGAGCAGGUCUUCGAUCCAGCCAUCGUGGCGACGAAAGUCCGUUUCAUCCCGUACACCUCCCACAUGCGGAUGGUAUGCAUACGAGUGGAGCUUUAUGGCUGUCCAUGGACCGAGGGCCUGGUGUCGUACUCGAUGCCCCAAGGAAUUAAGAGGGGCUCGGAGGUUGACCUUUCCGACAGAACGUACGACGGCCGGGAAGAAGGAGGUUACCUCUCCGGGGGACUCGGUCAACUUGUCGACGGGCAAAAGGGUCGUGACAACUUCAGAUUGGACGUCGGCGGUAACGGGAAAGGGUACGAAUGGGUCGGUUGGAGAAACGACACGCCCAACAUGCUCGGACGACCUGUAGAGAUCACCUUCGAAUUCGAUUAUUCGCGUAACUUCACUGCCAUACACCUGCACACGAACAACUAUUUCACGAAAGACGUACAGGUCUUUUCGUACGCGAAGGUUUAUCUUGGUGCCGGUGGGAAUCAGUUCAACGGAGAGCCGGUCCAGUUCUCCUACAUACCGGACCUGGUGCUAGAGCAGGCACGUGACGUUACCAUAAAGCUCCAUUCCCGCGCCGGCCGGUUCCUGAAACUGCAGCUGUAUUUCGCAGCCCGUUGGAUCAUGCUCAGCGAAGUAAUCUUCGAAUCAGUAAUCUCCGAAUGGAACAACACCGAGGACGAGGAUCCGAGGAACAAGAGCGGCAUUGUAUUGGCAACUGGCAGCCCCUAUCAGAAUAACGAGGGUCCACUGCAAAGAGACGAAGUGAAGGCCACUUUUAAUAAGGAGGAAAACAACGAUAAUGCUCUUCCAGAGAAGAGCAAGGAGCCCGAAUCAAAGCAGUUCGUCGGCCUGGUGAUUGGGAACCUAACAACGGUGAUAGUGAUACUGCUGGCAGCCAUCAUGUUCAUCUUCUACAGGAAUAGAAGACUGAAAGCAGCCCUCGCGCCGUCCACGUUCUACGAUCAGCCUGGCGAUCUCAAGGUCUCCGUGCAGGAGGAGGGCGAGGACAAGGGACCAAUUUGCCCUCCGCUUCCGGCGCAGUACCACGCGGCUGCCUACACCACGACGACACCGCAGCUACACAAAACUAUCACGGAUUACAGCGGGAUCACGGAGGCGCAGCCGGUUAUUCCGCUGGCGCUGAACACGGCGAUCAAUCUUGCCAGGCCAAUUCCCCCGGCUCAAGAAUAUCCAUCUAAUCCGCCGCCCAUACCACCGCCGCCGGAAAAGUAUUACGCCAGUACGGAGAUCUGCAAGAAUUCUCUGCCGCCGUUGCCGCCGUCCCCCACGCCGAGCACGCCACCGCCAAUGAGCGCGAAAGCCUCUAGCAGCAUGACAAGCUACAGUCCCGAGGAUAUGCUUACGGAGGAGGAAGACGAGGUGCCCGAGUGCAUCUUAGACUUCCCCCGGGAGAAGCUCAACAUCGUUGAAAACCUCGGCUGCGGAUACUUCGGCGACGUUCACAUUUGCGAGGUCGACAGGUUUCCUGGAUACGACGAAGUUUUCCGGAACACCAGCAGCGACCUCGUGAUCGUUAAGUCUCUGAGACCCGGAUCUUCGGAUGCGCUUAGGAUAGAAUUUCAACAGGAGGCAAAAAGACUGGCACGGCUGGCCGAUCGGAAUGUCGCGCGGCUACUCGGUGCCAGCCUCGAAGACGACCCCAUGUGCAUCGUAUCGGAAAACGGCGAGCACGGCGAUUUGAAUCAAUAUUUGCAGAGCCACAUCGCCGAAACGUCGAUCGUGCACACUGCUAAGACUCUAAGUUUCGGCACGCUGGUUUACAUGGCCACGCAAAUAGCAUCCGGCAUGAAACACCUCGAGGAAAUGGACUUCGUGCAUCGGGAUCUCGCCACAAGAAACUGCUUGGUGAGCCGCGGUUAUACGGUGAAAGUGUCGGAUCUGGGCUCCGGAAGGAACGCUUACGCCGCUGACUACUUCCAGGUGGAGGGCCGACCUGCGCUUCCAAUUCGGUGGAUGGCAUGGGAAUCCAUGCUAAUGGGAAGGCACACGACGAAGAGCGACGUUUGGGCAUUCGCAGUGACGCUGUGGGAGAUUUUAACGUUCGCGAGAGAACAACCGUUCGAGGAACUUCCCGACCAUCGUAUCGUCGAGAAUGCAACAUAUUUUUACCAAGAGGAUGAAAGGAGGAUGAUCCUACCGCUGCCGAAAAACUGUCCCAAGGACAUCUACGACUUGAUGCGCGAGUGCUGGCAGAGGAACGACGCGGAUCGCCCGAACUUCCGCGAGAUCCACCUGUUUCUGCAGCGGAAGAACCUCGGCUACAAGCACAGCGAUUCGAACGACACCUGAUAUAGAGAACUGGAAGGCUGGAACCUGAUCCGGCUUUCUAUGAUCGGCGAGCUGAACGGGAAUUGGUGGCACAGCCCUUCGACGACCAAGCUCCACCAAACCAGACCAAGUUAGUACCUAGGAUGGCCAAUCGUACGAGGCGACGAUCGAUGAGAAUCAUCCGAGAGAGCGAAGGUAACGCGACGGCCAUCUUGUCGCGACUCGUCGUUUCGCAUAAUUCGAAAUGAGCCGUCGUACCGCACGGUCCUCGACAAACAUUCAGGCAUCCGUUUUCAAUCGGAAGGCACUGCCGAUCGGUGCAAUUAAUUUUCCGCUGAUUUAUUUUACUAUUCGAACCGAGGGAUUCGCCGGCGAGAAAUACGCGGGGAUUACGUACGAGACGUAUGUUACCUCGAUGGCUCGAAAUCGGCGAAGUUUACAGUUUCCCCAACGGGGACACGCGGAGCACAAUGUUCAUUACGUACGUUUCACCGCGAACACUAGGAACAUACUACGAGCGGAAUUUGUAUUUAUAGUCAUCGGGGAUGACGAUUCCGAGCCGCGACACUCGAUACGGAACGGGACGUUCCUAUCGUGGGCCAACAGUCGACGAGCACGUUCGAUAAAUCGCACAUACGCUGCCCUGAUAUUGAUACUGUCAGCAAACAGGCUCGCGGCACACACCGUAACGACACCCACGCGUCACGUUCGCGACACGCGCGUGGCCCGGACUUCGUGGGUCAAGGUAGACGCAGUUUUCUACACCAACGAGUCAUUCCCGCGAAACGAGGGGACACAUCCUUCUUUGUCUAGAGCAGGGGUGUCAAACUCGAAAGCUAACUUGGGCCAAAUACACAAUGCCUAACUUUAGGUGGGCCGCAAAA